AUGGGUUAUUCAUCGAUAAGGAUGGAAGAUGUCACUUGUUUCUCUUGCGGUAUGAAGGGCCAUUAUGCAUCGUCAUGUCCAAACAAGCCAAUCAAUGCGACCCCUCUCGCGAUCCGAACACCUCCUAGCCGUCCAGCAAUUGAGCCAGCAACAAAGAAGCAAAACCUAGGAGGUAGGGUUUAUGCCUUAGGUGUAGAAAACCCAGACAAUGCAGGACCGUCAAGCGGUCCCAUCACAGAUAUUGUGGGAACCAUACAUGUUGCUGGUAAACCCACACAUGUAUUGUUUGUCUCGGGGGCAACACAUAGUUUUGUGACCCCUGAAGUAGCUGCCCGGUUUUGGGAUUGUUUUGUGGUUGACAGGAUAGAUGUGGUCGUCUUGACCCCCGUAGACCGAACACUUCAAGCAAAUCAGUGUAUCAAGAAUGUUCCAUUGGUCAUUCAAGGCAAAGAAUUUGUGGCAGAUUUGUUAGUCGUGCCUUUGAAAGGGUACGAAGUAAUCCUUGGAAUGGAUUGGUUAUCGAACUAUGAAGUUCAGAUCGACUGUGGAAAGGGAAGGUUGUUGUUCGGCAGAGGUAAACGACCAGAGAUGGUAUACUAUGGAAUCAGUCCUAGUAUGACCGUUUCUUUGGUAGCGGGAAUGAGAGUACAAGAUUUGUUUCAAGACGGGGAAGUAUAUUUGGUGACCUUAUCGGUUAGUGGAGGAGCCACUAAUGAUAAAGUUAAGGUCGAAGAAAUUGAAGUGGUCCAGGAGUUUGAGAUGUAUUUGCGCCACUAA